AGCACUUUCUCCUUGUCGACUGGAUUCGAGCGGACGCAAUGCUCUUCGGCAACACGCGCGAGGAGUUCGAGCGGAACGUCACGAAGCUGAAGGACGUCAUCAGCAAGUACACCAGAUGGGAGCGCACCGACAAUUUCUACUACUACGGCACGCUCCUGUUGAAGGCCCUCACGGCGUGGGUGCUGAUGGAGUGCCUACAGCAGCACUACGAGCUGAAGCUGCUCGCGGACCACUACGACGACUUUGUGGAGGCGAUGGAGGAGACGCGGAGCGGACUUGAGGAGGACCUCCGGCGCGACUUGCAGCGGGCGCGGGCGGAGCUGCAGGCCCACCGGCCCGAUUUCCGGCCAGUUGUGGAGGCCGUUCGUCGUGAGAAGCGCCGCCUGCUCGAUGCGGAGGCGGCCCGGGUGGAGGGGCUGCGUGCGUCCACGAUGGACGGCAACGAAGACAACAACGCCACCGGCAUGAGUCGCGUGCCCGGCGAAGGUGCUCUUGCCGCGGGGCUGGGGGAGGCCCUGGGGACAGGCGGGGCGAGGGGCGAAGAGCACGCACAGCCGUCCUCCUCCCCUGCGCCGCAGCGGGCGCCGACACAGGAGCGCGCGUCCUUGGUGUCCACGACAGCACAUGACCGAGUCAAGGUCCACCACCCGAUGGACACGACGCACGAGCAGCUUUAUUUGUCUGCCCUGCAGGGGCAGGAGACAGAGCGCGAGAUGCGGCGCCUGCAGGAGUCCGCAGCAAGCGGCCGAGCAUCGUACAGUGUUGUCGGUGCCCUUUGGAGGAGGAUACGCGGAGGUGGUGGUGGUGACAGUGCGCUCGUGACGCCUCUGCAGCAAGAGGACUUUGCUCGUCUUUCAUACGCUGCAAGCCCCACGAGCAUUGACGCACUACGCGCUAUCCGCCGCAUUCUUCUGCCGCGGAGCGAGGACCACAUCCAAGUGGUGCGGGAGGAGAUGCUGGAGUACAGGCGGCAGAAGGAAGCCAAACUUGUGCACCCCGAGUGA